CGCACCUACGUGGGCAGUAUGCCUGGCAGAAUCAUCAACGGCCUCAAGACUGUGGGGGUGAACAAUCCUGUGUUCCUCUUGGAUGAGGUGGAUAAACUGGGAAAGAGCUUGCAAGGGGACCCUGCAGCAGCCUUGCUUGAGGUGUUGGAUCCAGAGCAAAAUCACAGUUUCACCGAUCACUACUUAAAUGUAGCCUUUGAUCUGUCCCAAGUCCUUUUUAUAGCUACAGCCAACACCACAGCUACUAUCCCACCUGCUCUGCUGGACAGAAUGGAAAUCAUUCAAGUUCCAGGGUACACACAAGAAGAAAAAAUUGAAAUUGCACAUAGACAUUUGAUUCCUAAACAGCUUGAACAACAUGGCCUGACCCCUCAGCAAAUACAGAUUCCCCAAGUUACCACCUUGGACAUAAUUACCAGGUACACCAGGGAGGCAGGAGUGCGCUCGCUGGAUCGGAGAUUGGGAGCUAUCUGCAGAGCAGUGGCUGUCAAAGUGGCAGAAGGACAGCACAAAGAGCCCAAGCCAGACCGUGCUGAAGUGGGGGAAGGAGAAGAUUGCAAAGAGCAUAUCACAGAAGAUGCCAAACCAGAAUCCAUCAGUGACACAGCUGACCUGGCUCUGCCACCUGAAAUGCCGAUUUUAAUUGAUUUCCAUGCUUUAAAAGACAUCCUGGGGCCACCCAUGUAUGAAAUGGAGGUGUCCGAGCGCCUCAGCCAGCCUGGAGUAGCCAUAGGCUUGGCCUGGACUCCCCUGGGAGGGGAGAUCAUGUUUGUGGAGGCGAGUCGCAUGGAUGGGGAGGGGCAGCUGACCCUGACCGGGCAGCUGGGGGACGUGAUGAAGGAGUCAGCUCACUUGGCCAUCAGUUGGCUGCGCAGCAACGCCAAGAGAUACCAACUGACCAACGCUUCUGGAAGUUUUGAUCUCCUUGACAACACUGACAUCCAUCUGCACUUCCCAGCUGGAGCUGUCACAAAAGAUGGACCAUCUGCUGGUGUUACCAUAGUAACCUGUCUUGCUUCACUCUUCAGUGGGAGGCUGGUGUGCUCAGAUGUAGCCAUGACAGGAGAAAUUACACUAAGAGGCCUUGUUCUUCCAGUCGGGGGAAUUAAAGACAAAGUGCUGGCAGCACACAGAGCUGGGCUGAAGAGAGUCAUCAUUCCUCAGAGGAACGAGAAGGAUCUGGAGGAGAUUGCCCUGCACGUGAGGCAGGACCUGAGUUUUGUGCUGGCAGGAUGUCUCGACGAGGUCCUCAACGCAGCCUUUGAUGGAGGAUUUGCAGUUAAGCCCAGAGUUGAGCAUUUGAAUAGUAAGCUCUGA